CACAGCUUCUAGUCUUUCAUCAAAUCCCGGUUCAACAAGUUCCAGCGCUGCUUUGGAGACUGAUAGCGGAAGCUCUGCGAUCUCCAUGUCAAGCUCUAGGUUUAUCUCCUCGGCCGAACCUGCAAUCACUGGCGCUAGCUCUACGAUUGAUGUCUCGGUCACCAGUACAGACUCUGCAGCAGCUACAGAUUCGGCAGCCACGAGCUCCGCGACUUCCACCAUUGUUGGUGAUAUCAGCUUCUUGGUCCAGCGCGGCGUCAAAUAUAGCGGUACCCCUUUGACCGGCCUCACCAAGAGAAGAGUCGCCGAUGAUCUUAUCACUUGCUUGAGUACUUGCGCUGGCUCGUCUGCCUGUGCUGCCACUUCUUUCAACAUCGAAAACUUGUCUUGCGACUACUUCAGUACCAUUGAUCAGAGCAGUAUGAGUCCCGACGCUGCCAUGAUCUUUGCGAUUGCCACUUCUCGUGUUGCUGUCCAAUCCUCCUCCGCCAUUUCAUCGGAAAGCAGUGUCAUAUCUGGCUCGAGUAGCAUGGCUUCAUCACCCUCGGGAACCGGUAGCACUACUUCCGAUGCGUCAACUAGCUCAGAAUCCACCCCUGCGCCUUCAUACACUGAUCAAACUGGGGCCAGUGCAACGCAGUCCAGCUCAGCUGCUUCUACCACCGUUUCAACCGAUUACCAAUCUGACUCCAGCUCUUCCGCUUCGUCCACAUCUACGAAUGUCUCUAGCACUGGAGACGGUGAUAUCAAUACCAGCUCUGCUACUCAGAGUGAGAGUACCAGCUCUGCGUCAACCACCGAAACCGCGAGUGUUGCUGCUGAUGACGAUGCCAUCAGUCUGAGCUCUGCAUCGACCUCCUUGACUUCCUCGACUUCCGGCUCGGAAGAGCCUCAAAUCACAGCAACUCAGAGCUCAACAGAAUCAGCUAUCGCCACUGAAACUCCAGUAGCAAGAUUCCAGAAUGUCCGUAUUCUGGCUACCGGCUCCGGUACGACAGUUGACGGUACUGCUCUUCAAGUAAGAAAUUCUGUAUCUGGAUUCGGGCUUGGUGGGGAUGAUUUCAAGCUCACUAUUGACAAAUUCGGCAACCUCAAAGAUUCUGCAGGACAUUUCCAGGCCAUCAAGCUUAACAGCAGAUUUCUGCCAUACUGGACCCAGAGUGGUCCUCUCGUCUCGCAACAGAACUGGGGAGCUCCUGGUUAUGCUACCAUUUCGAACUGCGGCGUUGGACUUGACAUGAUCAUGACUUGUCGCCUGGCAGUACCUCAUGGCACACACUCCAUGACUUUCUUCCUAAUCCGACGUCCUCGGGGCUUCGAGUUGUACGCUGGACGCAAUGAUGGUAGCCACCGCGACGUCCGGCUACAGAUCGAUGUGUCCCGUCCGAGCUCUACUCCAUCCACAGUAUCCACAAGCACUAGCUCCAGCGCUGAAAUUUCCGUCACAAGCUCGAGCUCCGACAUUGGCUCCACGACAAGCAGCGCGAGCUCAGUAGAUGGCGAAAGUAUGGUUACCAGUGCGAGCUCAUCUGACGAGUCAGGAUCUGCAACCAUCAGUUCCGACCAAGGAAGCGCCACCUUUUCCCCAACCGUGACAGAUCCCGCUACCAGCUCUGCUGACUCUACGUCCUCGAGCUCCGAAGUCUCGAGCACCAGCACUUCUGUUUCGGAUAUCAUUUCACCCACCGACUCUUCGACCACUAGUGAGCAGGUGACUGCGACAAGUUCAUCAGUCGGUUCCAGCAUUACCAGUAGUUCUACCGUCGCCGCAACACCCACAUGCGGCACGGUCGUGCCUUACUCGUGGCCCGGCUCGGCUUCUGUCCCGUCAAAUGCAUGCCGUUCGACCUACACCGACGUCUCAUCCAACAUCAACAGCUACAACAUCAAGUGUAACAUUGAUUACAAUGGAGCUGACAUUCUCAUCACUCGUGGUAGCAAUCUCCUCGCUUGUAUCGAAUUGUGCAGUGCAACAAACGACUGCACAGCUCUUGUCUUUAACCCCGCGAACGGUAACAGCUGUUAUAUCAAGAACACCGUAAAUCCCUCAUCUGAAGAUGGCUUCGCCGGGCUCUCUGGAUCUGACCUCGGCAUCAUGUUUUACUCUGCCUUGAAGUUGAAAGACUGCAAAAAUCCUAGCGCACCGGAUGUCUCUCCCUAUGUAGAUGGCUCGACACCAUCUGUGGGUGGUGCUACCUUUGGUAUCGAGGUAAAUACCGACUACGAAGGCACCAUCCUGUCCGUUUCGAAGAAGCGAACUGCUGUCGUUAUUGAUGACUGCCUGAAUGCCUGCGCCCAGAACAGCGCCUGUGUCGGAACUGCAUUCGAUGGCUCUGUUUGCACACUAUACAGUGUCAUCAACAAAGACAAGAGAUCUAUUGCUCUGGGUACAACCUUUGCAACGAUCCAGGCACGUGCUAACGCCGCCUCAAGUUCUCCUGAUGUGCUUACCAGUACUGCCGGAUCGAUGACUACUGAGUCAGGGUCGACCACGACCGGUGCUUCGUCUUCGAGCGGGAGCGACACAGCUACAAGCACAUCUUCGGAGACAUUUUCUUCGUCCGCAACCUCGGACUCGAGUUCAUCAAGCACUUCCCUUGAGACAAGCGCUUCGAGCACAUCGUCUGAGGUGACCAGCACGAGCACAUCAUCUGAACCGACCAGUACGAGCACAUCAUCCGAUGCGACCAGUACGAGCACGUCCUCCGAUGCGAGCUCAUCAAGCACGUCUUCUGAAUCUACUGCCUCGAGUGCGUCCUCUGAUUCCAUCAGCUCAAGCACAUUCUCGGCGACAACCUUUUCUACAAGCAUCAUUAGCAGUCCUACACCCUCGGCAUCAGUAAGUUCUUCUGCACCAUCCUCGACUCCAGCAGGUCCAACCUUGCCACCAGUCCCGACCCCUACACCGAUCUAUGUAACCCCUCGCAGUGGAUCAAGGUUAUACGUAAGCGGCGGAACUUUCAACGGCAACUCCAUCAGGGGGUUUAGCGACGGACAAAAUGAGUAUACCGGCGUGGACUAUGACUGGACUGGCAUUGGUGGUCCUUCAGAGCUCCCCUUCGUACUUAACUCGACAGGAUCAAUUCUCCUAGGUUCCAGCGGCAAUGUCUUGUGCUAUUCCGGCAAAGUCACCGGCAACAGUUAUGUGGAAUUGAGCUCGAGAACGGCGGCUUACUUCAAGAGUAGCGCGGCCAAGACUGAUACCGAUCAAUGGACGCCUCUUCCUUGCUCGAUCAGUGGUAAUGGAAAACUGAGCUGCACGGCUACAGUCAAUGGUGUUUCAUUCCCCCAAUUCGCCGCUUUGUCCACACAUAAGCUCAUACCCAAGUCAUCUAACAAGCUGCGUCUGUAUAAGAGCGGAGUCACAUUUACUGCCAGCACUGGCGCUACAGUAAACAUGUACGCAGCAGCUUAAACAGCAGUGGAAACUAGAUGGAGUUCCGACCACGUUCGAGCACUUGCACUCCUCAUCCUCGCCCUUUUUUUCUUUCUUCUUUUUUUUUCUUUGUCCCUGAC